AUGGUACGCGGGAACAGCAGCAGUGCAGGUCCCAUACAACUGCCAGCACAGGUCACCAGCCAAGACCUGGCCCAAGUCUGGGAUCGGUACGACAAGCGCAAGAGCGGAGAGCUGAGCUCCGCCAAGGUCCACAAGUUCAUGAAGGACCUGGCCCACGUGGCCGGCCUCAAGUACGACAAGGCCGAGGCCGACCGUCUCAUCCGCUCCGUCGUCGACCACCCCGACACCGCCGCCGCCGGCGCUUCCACUCAGCCGCAGCCCAGCAGCAGCAGCGGCAGCGUGCCCCGGAGCCCGCGCAAGCAGGAGGCGGCGGAGGGCGACGUGCGGGUCGACUUUGAGCGCUUCCGGCGGCUGUUCCUCGUCGUGCUCGAGAAGGAGCGCGAGCAGCAACAGCUGCUGCUGCAGCAGAACGAGAAGCAGCAGCAGCAGCACCGCUGCUGGGCAGCCGCAAGCUGA